UCUGAGAUUGCAGCUCAUCUCAAACAUCACCUGCCUUUCCUUCACAUAGACAGAGCAGGCCCGCCCAACAUCAAGAUGGAUCAAGUACAGCAACUCGUCCUCAACCCUCUCAAACCCUAUCUGGGUCCCAUAACCUCGAAUCUCCCUGGGCCGAUCAAUGACCUCGCUAUCAACUUGCUAGGCGAACCCUGCCAUAGCGCACUCCUCCUCGAUCUCGACAUCACCUCCCACCCUGAGUGCUUGUCGCUUGCGAUCUCCAAGGCUCUGGGCGUCGGCAUCAUUGCUGCGGCAUCUAUUGUCAAAGUGCCCCAAAUCAUCAAAUUGGUCAAGUCGCAGUCGUCUGAGGGGUUGUCCUUCACCAGCUACUUAUUGGAAACCGCUAGUUUUGUCAUCACACUGGCAUACAACGUACGAAAUGGAUUCCCGUUCAGUACGUACGGCGAGACGAGCCUGAUCGCCAUUCAAGAUGUGGUUAUCACUGUUCUCAUUCUGGUGUACUCGAAAAAGACAGCGCAGGCGGGGGCUUUUCUUGCUGCGGUCGGUAGCGCAGUGUACGCCCUCAUGGGGUCAGAUACACUUGUCAGUAACGCCCAGAUGACCAGUCUGCAAGCGGGCGCCGGAGCUCUGAGCAUCGCCAGCAAAUUGCCCCAGAUCUUGACCAUCUGGAGCCAGGGCGGGACGGGUCAAUUGUCUGCUUUUGCCGUAUUCAACUAUUUGUUCGGCAGCUUGACUCGGAUCUACACUACUUUGCAAGAGGUGGAUGACAAACUUAUCCUGUAUGGCUUUGUAGCUGGGUUCGUUUUGAACGCAAUCUUGGCCGCUCAGGUGCUGUACUACUGGAACAGCCCAACAACUGCAGGACAUGGAAAGGAGGUUGACAGCAAGCCCGGCCUUCAAGGCGUCGGUCAGAAGGGCAAGGCGGCGUUGGCAACUGAGGAGGCUUUGAAGGUGAAUGCCUCCGCAGGGAGCACCACUGCGAGACCAAGCAGCAGCAGCGGCAGGCGCAGGGGUUGAGCUCGUAUGUUGUCAUGGUAGAAGAUACCCGGUUGAGUCGAUAGUUGGAAUUCAAUUCUCUCUGCAGGAGCAUUUCACAAGCGCAGUACGUUGCAAUAGCUGAAAGCCAAGCUGCUGUUUCAUCGUUUAGCCGGCCCUUGGA